UUAGUCAUGUCUAUACCACUGAAAUAUUUUAUUUUACACGUCAAGAAUUGAUAUUGAAACUUGAUAAUAAAAAUGUAUUCGGAAUGAAUGAAAAAGCGUCAACAUCAAUCCAUUUAGUCAGUGUAAAACUUGACGAGAUUGAGGAGAGUUGUGUGUCUUCUCCCGUCCUGCUUCCCUUACACUUGUCUAUUUCUUAGCGACUGCUUAAAGAACUGGCACAUGCAGACAUCAUGGCUAAUAAGAAGAGCAGACAAAUGAUCUCUUCCUGGGUCACUCCCACUUUUGAUGACUUUGAUUUGAAUUCCUCUCCUCCCACUGAAAAAAAGGCACGAAAACGUCAUAGAGAACCAAAUGCUCUUUCUCGCCUCGGGAAAAAAACACAUCAGGGAGGGACAGUCUUGUGGGUUGAUUUGUAUGCCCCUAUGACCCGGGAGGACUUGUCUGUACACAAGAAGAAAGUGCAAGAAGUAGAGUCGUGGCUGGUAGAAAGCAUGGCUGGUAUGAAGGGUAGGAGGUUCCUGUUGCUGACAGGCCCGGCUGGCUGCGGGAAGUCUGCCACAGUGAGGGUGUUGGCCAAGGAGGCAGGGUUGAAUUUUGUGGAGUGGAUCAACCCAACAACUGCUAAUAAUUCAUCAUUCCUGGACCAAGAAAACACGUGGAUCCCUGGAGACAGUGUGAGAUCAGCCAGUCAGACGUCACUCUUUUGGGACUUCCUUAUCCGUGCGAGCAAAUACAACAGUGUGUGUGGAACAGGAAAGGAGAAGAACCUGGUCUGUGUCGAGGAUUUUCCUAAUACCUUCUUAAGAGAUGCAUCGUUGCUCCAAACAAUGCUUAGACGGUACAAUCAAAGAUCCAUCGGCAGUCCUGUUGUGUUCAUAUUGACAGAUUCGACCCAUCAGCAGAGCAGCGCCAAGCACCUCUUCCCGCCUGAAGUACAGCAGGAACUCUCAGUGAUUAACAUAACGUUCAAUCCAAUAGCAAGUGGACUCUUGGUGAAGGCAUUAAAUCGAGUGGUCAGCAUGGAGAGUGCGCGUGAUGAGGGAAGAGGAAGUUCGCUCCCUUCUCGUGACGCUUUACAGGUUUUGGCAGAAACUUCAGGUGGUGAUAUACGGAGUGCAAUCAAUUCUCUUCAGUUUGCAGUUAAAAAAGAUGUGCAUCACCUCGAGGGGUUAUUCACUGGAUCAUCGACUGUGGGAAGAACAUCAACCAGAACUAAAUCACAAAGCAAGCAUCAACCAAGAAAAAGUGCUGCUGCUAAACUUGAUGAUAAUGGUGUUGAUGGUUUUGCUACAGUAGGAGGGAAGGAUGCCUCUCUCUUUCUCUUCAGAGCACUGGGGAAAGUUCUUUAUUGCAAACGUAACCAAGAUGUGGGUGUGGUUGAACCAUUGCCAAAGCACCUUCAGCUCAAUGAAAGAACUCCACUCCAGGAAAAUCCAGAAAGUAUUUAUGAAAACACAUCCAUGGGAGCAGCAAGUUUUAGUGUAUUCUUGCACCACAACUGCUUGGCCUUCUUCUCGGACAUUGACAGUGCAGGCCAGGCAUUGCAGCACCUGACUGACUCCGAUGUCUUAGCUGCUGAGUGGACGGGCAGGGAAGUAUUGGAAGAUUAUGCAGCCUCUGUAACAAUACGAGGUCUGAUGCAUGCAAACAAAGGCAGCAGUUCAGGUGGCGGGUGGCGUCCAUUCACACGACCUCAGUGGUACAAAGCGCACAAGGAAGGUCAGCAGAAUGUAUUAUACCUGAAGAAUGAACACCGAAUGGCUUCACUGACUUCAGAGGAAUUAACAACAGUUUUUGUCCCAAUGAAAGCCAAGAUUUUGACCGCUGAAGGAAAAGGUCAUUUUUCCUUGACAAAAGAAGUGGGACUGUUCUCCGAAGUCCAUCUGAAGACUACCAGUGAGCGACUUGGAGAGGUCGAUGCUGAUGCGUCUAUCACAGAAGAUGAGGUAAGGGAAGUAGUCCCUAGAAAUGUCUCGCUACCAUAUUUAGAGGCACAGGAACCAGGUGUAAAUAACCAGGAUGAUGAUCCAGAUGAAGACUUCAGGAUAGAAGAAUUUGAAGACGAUUGAUUAAUAGCUUAAAUUUAAUUUUAUUGAUAGUAAUAGAUUUGUAUAUAGAAAUAUUUUGUUUACAUGUAUAAUGAUUAUAUUUAGACAUGUGCAUCACAGCUUUAAAACUUUACUAUGGCAAAUGCUAUCUUGGGCCUAUAUGAUGUUAGUUUAAUAAUGACCAAGUUUCAAUUGAAUUAACUUUAGUUGUCAAUUCUAACUUAUUUAUAUUACCUAGUAAAUUGUGCAUUAUAGACAAGUAAAAGGGAGUCUUGUUAUAUAUAAUUUUAAGUUUCAAUGCAACUAAUCUAUUCAAUUAUUAAACUCAUUUGUUUAAUGAAUUCCUAGUUGCUCUAAUACAUAAAUUCAUCUGCACAUCAACAAACCAAUAAAGCUGUUUAUAAUUCAA